AUGGCUCUCAAUAUUGCUGUUCCGAUGUCGGGAGUAGGCGAUCUCUUGGAAGGAUUCGGGUUGCUGUCGCCGAUUUCCCCCGUGAGCAUUGACUUUCGCAUGAAGAACCCGCUAUCACCCGUUGGAAGCGAAUCCAGCGGCGUCAGUUCUUUGGAUUUGGAAGAUAUCAAGAAACAAAUGCCAACCUUGCUGGACGAGAAUGAAGAAGACGGAACAUCCGGUGCAGGAAAUACGCCUCCAAACUCAGCAUCGCUGUCCGCUGCAACGACCAUGUCGACAACAUCUUCCAGAACUUGUUCCACCUCUUCCUCCUCGUCGUCUUCGGCUUCAGAUGACUAUACCAACCAAUUGGACGAAAAUGAACCAAAAUUAUCUGAAAAAUCAACCGAAAAUAGUGCACCAAUAUCCACUUCACCUUCAGCAGAACUACUUGGAUCCUGUGAAAAGGAAUUGAACGAACCUUCGACUACCACCGUGGACGACACAGACGCAUUAUUAUCGCUUGGGCUGCUGAACUUGACGAAAGAACCCAGCGAAUUGCCGUUAUUUUCGCCCAAGACUACGAAGGAACCUAUUUUCAUCUUACCGCGCCAAGCCAUUACGUACAACAAUCGCGACAUUCUCGACGUGGGCAGCAAUAUUCGCCCGCAAGGUAGUGGUGGUACCGGGGAAUUCGCAUUCCAGUUUGCCGAACUACCGGUAACAAACAAUAUUCAGUUCUUUCUUCAAAACCGUUCCCAGUACCAUCGUCUUGGGCCGUAUGGUAACGUACAAGAAUUUCGCAUGGAAACGUGCCCGUGUUGUGAUUUCCAGUAUCCGGUCAAUGCUGUUGGUGCAAACUCGGCUGCUGCUCCUCAUAAUCAGACUUGUGGUACCUCAAGCUUGUCUAACCUGAACGCAAAUCAAAUUUAUGGCAAUCUGCAACAACAACAACAGCAACAGCAGCAGCAACAAUUGCGGCUCCAGCAACAACAGCUGCAAAUGCAGUACGCCUAUCGGUUCAACAAUAACAACGGCAACUCUGUGUCGGCACGUGAAUACAACAUGUACCAACAAGUAUCUAGCGGAAUUGGAGGAAAUGGCAAUGCUGCAGGAGGGCUUCAGUCCUCACGGUUUAACAACGGUGCUUAUGGAUCAGGAAAUGUUGGAUCUUUGCCCAACGCUCAGAAUGGUAUGGGCGGAUCGGGAUCAAACGGUGGUUUCUUUAACAACAACCUAUUGGGACGCGAUCAGUUCAAUCAUAUGGGACCGAUGGGAAUGCAGUAUAAUAACACCGGUGCCAAUCAUAAAGGCAUUUCUCAAUCGAACGGUACAUCGUCACAAUCAUCGGGACUUCGUCCACAGCAGCAAUACGAUAUGGUCCAGCAGCAGCAAAAACAAUAUGUUAACAACUAUUCGCUGGGUUCCGCAGCUUCUAAUUCUGUUGCCAUGGCGGCUUCUGCAAACGCUGCUGUACGUCUGCAGCAACAACAGUCACAGCAGGCUUCUCACUACUAUAAGAAAAGCUCAUCGAUGCGUUAUGGUGUUGCGGGACCGGCGGGAGUCAACAACAUGCCGUCUGGCGGACCAUCUGGCUCUAACUGGAAAAAUGCAAUGGCUUCUAACACUGCGAUUCAGGACACCGCGACCAAGCUGAUCAUGGAAUUGAACAAAAUGCAGCAACAAUCCCCAUACUAUGUACCUUUCCAAUAA